UUGCUUUGUUACAUUCUUACACUAUGUUGUAAUAUGGAGUAAAAUGUUAUAUUUUUAAUGAAUAUUUUGUUAUACCAUAUUAAAAUAUUAAUCGUUGUUAAUUGGAUGAAUAAUUGAUUCACCGGCGUUUUCUGAACUUGAAGAUUCAUAUGUGAUAUAAUGGUGUUAUAAUUUGGUGUACACACCACCGAGCUGAACUAUGACAAUGCUGCCAUUUACAGUCUUAGCGCUUAUUGCCCUGUUGUUUGAUGCACCACACGUGCACUGCAGACCGAGGGAGAAGAAUCAUGGAGGACUUUAUGAUGAGUGGAAGACUGUUCCAUUUGUUGACAACCCAGAGCACACAGGAGAUAUGUUUGGUGAAUAUAACAAUAAAUUAGGUAAACCUGACAAUACUAACAAACUGCAUGAUAAAUACCAACAGCUUUAUGAGAAAUAUAACCAAGAAAAGGGUAGAGUAAUUGGUGAUGGGAAUUACAGUGAUACGGCUAAUGAAACAGUUGAACAUAAUGAUAAAGACAUUAAACCAGUUGAAGGUGGACUUGAAGAUAUGACAAGUGAGUGGACAACAAGCGAGGUCAAAAAAGAGAGAAAACAUAGGAGAAAUAGAGAAAAUAGAAAAUCGUACAGGCAUCAUAAAUCAGUGAAGAAAGAUUUAUCUGAAGAUGAAAAGGAAUUACAAAGAGAAAAAAGGAAAAGCAAAAAUAAAGACACAAGCAAAGUAGAGAAUAAUGAUAUAGAUGGAAUUGAUAUAAAUAAAUUCUACAAAGAACAUCCUGACUUUAAAAAAAACGUUGCAACAAUUUCAGACAAUGUUAAGGAUACAGAGGUUAGCCCAAGUACGACAGACAUUUAUGAAACUAGUGAAUCACCAGUAGAUAAUGUAGGAAAGAAGGUUGUCACUGAAGAUAGCAGUAGUGAAGAUGAUGCUGACCAAAAAGAUGCAGAUGAUAUUGAUGAAGAUGAUGAUCAUGAUGAUAGAGAAGAAUCCAACAAAGAGAGUGAAUCUGAGGAUGACAGCAGUGAGGAGUUUAAUGAUUAUUAUGAUUACUAUGAUGAAGAUGGUGAUAGCAGUUACAGCAGCAGUGAAGAAAGAGCUGAACAGGAAAUGCUGAACCAGACACCACAUGACUGGUUCAAACAGUAUGACAGAAUGUAUGGUGAUCAACCAGCACAAACUGAGACACAGUCUGAAGAUACUGAUGAUGAUAACAAGGCUAAAAAUAUGAAGGACAGCAAGCAUGUUGACAAGAAUAAAUUUGUAACAGAUAAAGGCAGUAUACCAAAGACAGAUGUAGAACCCAGUACAAGUCCUAAUCCACCCACACCAAAGAAAGAUAUUAAAUCAACAGUAACCCAGCCGGCUUAUCCUCAGUGGAAGGAACGAGUAGAAACAUGGAACUUGAUAGAAUCGAAACCAGUUGAGUCCUGCAAUGUGGAUGAGGACUGUGCCUCAGGACGUAUGUGUAAGUUUGGACUGUGUCUCUGUGGACAGCCUGACUACUGUGAAGGUCAUUACAAACCAGUCUGUGGAUCUGAUGGUAGACUGUAUCCCAGUCAUUGUGAACUACACAGGACAGCCUGUGUACUUGGUGUGCAUAUUAGACUGGAUCAUGAAUCAAAUUGUGAGAUAAAAGUUGAUGGACCGUUGGUUACAGAUAAGAAAUCAGACAUUGAUGCCAGCCAAACAUCCAGUGCUGUUGAUCUAGACACUGAAGAGAGAAAAGAAACAACAACAAUAGCUACAACAUCAGAAGCAGCAGAUGAAAACCAAAAUGUUAUGCUUUACAAACUUUCAGAACAAAGUAUUGAUACCAGAUUGAAACCAGUGUAUGAUCAUCUCAAAUCUAUUGAAGAUGUAACAGAGAAAAAUAAAGUAGAUGUGGCUAUUGGUGGUGACAGUACAAAUGAUAUAUCUGAAGAUGUUAACAUCUUAAUGAACCAACAAGGAAGUAAUGAAGACAGUUCUGUUGAACAUGAUGAUGAUGAUGAUGACAGUGAUGAUGAUGAUGAUAAUGAGGAUGAGGACGAUCAUAGUUUAGAAGAUAAUUACACAUACGAUAGAAAAUAUGACUUUGAUGCAGACUAUGACACAUCAGAAGAUGAUUAUGAUGAUGAUGAUGAUGAUGAUGAUGAUGAUGAUGAUGAUGAUUAUGACUCUGAUGAGGAUGAAGAUGAUGAUGAAGAUUAUGAUGAAGAGAGUAAUGAAGAAUCUGAAGAAUCAUCUGAGACGACUGAACAAAGCCUGGUACCGUUAUUUUGUACACCAGACCUCUAUCAGAAGUUUAAAGCAGAUGUGUUGGAGUACCACUGUAUCUAUUUUGGUGAAGAGCACUGUGAUAGACAGACACAGGAAGAAAAACAGAAACUUGCUGCUGUGAUGUUUAAUGACUUCGACAAAGAUUUUAGCAACCAUGUUGAAAAAGAGGAACUAUGGGAAAUGCAGUUGCUGGAACAUAUGGAUGAAAUAUCGUCACUGUGUUCUCUGCUCGACAUCGUAACCUUUGACGAACUGGGAGAGAGGGAUGGGAAGCUCACUAUUGAUGAAUUUAUACAAGCUUUUGAUAUACCAGACCUUUUGGAGCAUAAGAUUGAGAUUGUUCCAUUGUUAGCUACAGUUGGUAAUGGACUUGAAGUGAAAUGUGACAUCACAGAAUCUUCUGACAUUGUCUGGAGGAGAAAUGACAUUGAUCUUAGCCUUAUUGACUUCCCGGGUAUUUCGGUGCUAGGAGAUGGGAGCCUGUACCUGGAAACUGUUGGAUUUCAUCAUGUAGGUAACUUGAGCUGCCAUGACAGACAGAAACCCUCCAUCAAACAGGUACACGAGCUCACUGUGCAAAAGCCACCACAUGUGCUGAUCCACCUUGAGAAGCAUGACACAGUUCAGGGUAUAAAUUUCGACAUACGCUGCCACGCAGAAGGCUACCCUAAACCAACAGUGACUUGGAUGUUUGAGGACCAACCUGUAAAACAAGGUGCUAAAUACCAUAUACAAAGCUUUGACAACACACUGACAGUACAGGACCCUGACUACGUGAAGGAUACUGGUGUGUAUAAAUGUCACGCUAGGAAUACAGCCGGAGAGAGUGAGGCAACUGCUACAGUCACCGUACAUAGUCUAAAUGAUACCGAAUACAACUAUAAGAGUCUGUCUGAAGAGAGUUUUAUCAUAUUCCAUGACAAUGGCUACACGCUGCAUGAACCAAAAGAAUGUGUCACCCAGCGCCACGUGUUACCAGAGUUUGGCAACUUCUUUUUUAUACCAGACGAGCUUGAUGCUGCACCUUCCCUUUGCGAGGCCGGGAUCCCAUGUGUUUGGGGCGGGGCUGUAAAUGUGAGAGAUACAUUUGUGUAUGUGACCCAGCCUCGUGAAAAUAGGGUGGUUGUGAUAGAUGUUGAAGAUACGUUCAAUCCAAACCAGGUGAUAUUCACAGACCAUAUGCCUGUAUCUCUCCACUACAUCGCUCACCUGGAUGAGGUCUGGGUCCUGUGUUGGAAUGGAGAGGAUGAUAAUGGAUCUAAGACUGUGAUCAUCAUCAGGAAUGCCAGUCAGAGGACACAACACCAUUCCAUACAUACACAACCUAUUGGAAACAGGUUUGAUCAGGUGCAGGAUGUAUUCCUACCGACUGACAGUGAGUUGCACCAUCCAUACAAGUUUGGUUACACAGUACACAAUGGUCAGCAAGGUCUGUUCAAGGUCAGUCUGGAAGAGAAGAAAUAUACCCGAGCUGUAGACUUCACCAAGUAUGAUUGUGUACCACAAUCAGUCGCCUUUGUACCCCUAGGAGGACAUUCCCUUAUUCAGUGUGUAAAGAAAACUUCAUACAGCACCACCACAAAUAUUCUGACCCUUGACUACAUCACUGAUAAGGUCAUUGACAACAUCACAUUGUCAGCUGUGCCGUAUGUAUCUCCUGAUGUCAGCAGUGUCAUCUUUGUCGAGAAGGAAACUGGCAAAAUUAUGGUACAUCAUAUCACUGAAAAUGGGGAGAUAAUCCACCAAUUUGAUGUGACAGUUGGCUCAUCAGUAGGUCAGGUGACCUUGCACAAGGCUAGAUAUAGCCAUGGUUACGACAUUUAUCUUGCAUCCACACAGUAUCCACACAUAUAUGCCGUCAGUUUGGAAAAUGGAAAAGUUGACACUAUAAAGGACAUAGGAGAGCCAGACUCUGGGAUGUAUCUACCAUGGUUCCAGAAAGGCCGGCCCCUUGUAACUGGGGACAUGUUCAGCGACUUCCUAGGGACAACGGCCAUGUCAUCAAUGUUAAUACUGAGUGGGAGACACCACAAUACACAGUGUGAAUUCAAAAACCUGGAGAAUCCAGCUGUGGUUGCAUACACACACCUUAUGUCAUAGGACCAACAGGGGAGAUUACACCAUUGUAGUAGACCAUUGGAAGGGGAGAUAACAAAGGAUGUCAACUGUCUCAGAAUAUACUAACAGCAAAACAUUUUUAUAUUACUUUGAAUGAAAAUAAGUGAGUAAUUGAAAAGCAAUAGUUUUGCAACUGGCUUUUAAAGAUAAUUAAACAGCUUUGAAGUGUUUUUAGAUAUAUUUUCUUAUUUAGAAUUAGAUUUAUGUUGAUGUUUUUCAUCCCACCUUGUUGAUGGUCAUGCAGUGAUGGUGAAUAUUCUGAAGCUUAAAUGGGCAAAAUGUUCUGAAGUGAGAAACUGGAUUUUGUUCCAACAUUGUUUUUACAAUAUUCAUUUAUAUGAUUUUUAAGUGAAUUUAUACAUUUAACUGGUAAUUUUAUGGUGAAAAAUAUUGAAUAUACAGUACACUGGUAAGGACUAAAUGGGUGAAAUUUAGUUAAAAGCAUUGAAAGAGCAUGUAAUGAAAAAGGAAAUUUGUUCAUUUUCCAUGUAGGAAUAAAAUAUAUUUUAAUCAUGACUUGACUGACAGAUUUUGCAUAUUGAAAAUAUUACAGGUAGAAGAUAUCUAGAUCUUACACUGAAGCAUACAGAUAUCCUCUGUAUAUCUUUUGCAGUAACAAAUUGAUGAAUAAAAAGACACUAAAAUCUGUAUGCAUGUAAAAAAAGAACAAGUUACUGUAAUAUGUAUAACUUUUGUUGUUACGAGGCACAGUUUUUAAUGGUACAACUGUUAUAUAUGGUAUCCGGGAAGGCACAGACUGCAUAUAAAAUUUGACAAAAUAAAAGACUGAUGUCUGCAAAAUGUUAAUACAUGCAUGGGCAUUAAUAAUUCAGCUUGUCUUAUUGAACUUAAACUUUUGUCUACAGUAUGCCUUUAAGCUCUUGAUAUAUAAAGUUGAAAAGUUCCAGAAUAUAGAGUGUGAACCUGGUAUGUAUAUUGAUAUCUCAUAUAUUGAAGGGUACAUAAUGAUCCAGUUUGUGUGUGUAAAUUCUCUCACCUGUAGAUGUAGUGUAUUUGAAGUCGUGUAUUUUCGUGUAUUUAAAGGCUCGCAUAUUGGCUAUGGAAUAGUACAUUUAUUCAUUCAUAUGUUUUGUAUAGUUUGUGUCCCCUCCCAUAUAGUAGAAUUACCAGUGUGUACUCUCUUGUGUAACCAUUUUGUGUUGAAAAAUGCCUUAUUGAUUAUAACCAUUUAGUGUAUUCACUAUUAAUGGACUGUUGCAAGUCUGUAUAUGGGAUAUCAUAUAUGCAUAUUUGGUAGAUUACACAUGUAUUGAUAUAACUUACAUUGUGUAUUUUUCAUCAGCCACCAAGUUUUUUAAAUGCUGCUGAAAGUGUUGUUUGUGUUUCUAUUGCAUUUAUGUAGAAUUAAGAAUUAUACCAUAAAAAAAUAUGUUCCGUAAGGCAAAGUUGAAUAAAACAAUGGUUUUGGUAACUUCUAAAACUUAAAUAAUAACAGCACCUUUUUGCAUCUUCCAUGCAGCAUAUACACAUUAUUUCAUAUUUAAAGAUAAGAAUCAUACUUUUGGAAAUGUUACCUGCAGAAACUCAGCUGGCAUGAUGGGGGAUUUUUCAAAGACAAUGUACAUUUGAGAAGAGCUUUACUGACUUUUGUUGGGCAUGAAAACAGAGAAGAAUAAUGUUGCUUAAGUGAAUCAUUGAAAUAUAACUGUAUAUAUCUGGUAAUUUCACGGUGAAAAAAUAUCAAAUAUAUUUUUCACUGGUGUUGAGCUGCAGAAGAGGUAAAUGUUGGUUAAAACCACUGAAAGGACAUGUAAUUUGUUUAUUUUGCAUGUAAGAUCACAAUAUCUUCCUUUGUGAAUACUAGAUAUUACCUUUUUGUGAGUGGCAUAGCCCCUUGUGAAAAUAUCACAUCUGGUGUUUACUUGAUGAAAGAUAUUUCUGUCUUGUUAAGAAACAAAUAUUCUUAAGGUAUGCAAGAUGUUGUAGAUUAAUAAAAAAACAACAACAUUAAAAUUAAUGCAGUUUUCAAAAGUGCUUGCUGUAGGUAAUUGUGAAGUGUACUUGUAGUUUUUAUUUGUAAUCGUUACAUUUAUACUGAAAACUGAAAGUUGGUGUAAAUUCAGGAUUGUUCUAGUCAGUAAAUCCUGUUUACAUAUUGUAGCUUUAAGCUGUUUGAUUAAUUCAACCCAGUGUAACCAACAUACUUCGAAAUUAUGCAUAUAAUUUCAGAAUAACACCAACUACAGCAUAUUUUUUGUAACUUAUUGUUACCUUUUUAAUGAAUCCAAAAUUUAAAAUUCAUGUAACAUAAAGUCAAUUAAAUUGCAUUUCUGCUGGGUGACAGAUCAUUGAAUAGGUAAAUAUGAUUUUAAUUACUUGUAGAUUAAAGAAAGAAAAACAGAAAAAUGGUAAAACCAUAAAAAUAUACUCUAGUUCAUCCGUUUGUAUAAAAUGUUGUUUUUCUUUUAUUUCCAUUUUUAUGUACUUAUGUAUAUAUGUUAAUGUCUGUUGCAAACAGCUUGUUCAAAAAGGUGUACAUUUUUACAUGAAUUGUUGCAAUAUAUACUUUGAUCUGUAUUAAGUUUUACAAUCUACAUUAAGUUCCGUCUUUCAGACUCUACCUGUUGGUGUCAUUCCUUGCUAGAACACCUGUUUUGUACUGUUGUUUUAUUUUCUAUUGUUUAUAUUUUUUACCUCUUAGUCCCCCAUAAUGAUUGCAUUCAUGUCUUUUCUACUUAAGUAAUUAACUAAUGAGAUCCUUGUAUAACAGUGAUGUUGUCAUUUAUAAUAACAAUCUAAUUUACUCUUUUUAUAUAAGGUUGUAAUAAUUUUUUAAAGAAAAAGUCCUAAAAACAUUUUUUGUUUUGUUUUCUUAAUUUCAGAUACGUUGCCUGACUGAAAGUAUGAUCAUUAUAUGUUUAAUAUGUUAUGAUUGAUGAAUGGAAUUUUAUUAUUUUAUUAUUACGUUUUAAGGUACAUUAAAUAUAGUGCUAGAGGAGUGUGCAUUAAUGACCAUUAUAUCCUAUUAGCUUUAAAUAUUCUUUGAAAAUAAGUCUUUUGGAAAACUAAAUGAUUGUUUUUGACCGAUUGGUUACAAGCUUGCUGUGUGUUUUAACCUUACAGUGUUUAUAGCCAUAUAUUAAUGUUGUGAAGUAGAUAUUGUUGGUUGUAUAACAUUUUGUCGUUUAUUAUCGAUUUCAUACAGCUUUUUGACAGUGAUACAUGAUAGGUUUAAGUUGAUGUAAAUGUCUGAAGGUUGAAUGUUUCUGAAAUGUCACAUACUAAUCCUUGCAUUCAUUUAUAUUUAGGUCAUAAUUCAGGGUCUGUUGGAGCAGAGGUUGAGAGCUUAAAUUUCAUGUUGCUGGACCAUAGCUCUUGAACAUGGUAGCCAAAGUUUUGGCAGUAAUAAAUGGAAUUACAGCAAAUCAAGCAAUUGACACUUUCAAGUUUCUAAGAAUGUUAAUCCCACCAAGAUCUGACAGAUAUAUUUUAUUGAAUCACAAAAUAUGAUUUUUAUCAAGAUGAUAUUUAUAAAUGCAAGACUUUUAGACUGUAUAGAGUUGAUGCUAGUGUUUAAGCUGUUAUUAAGUAUUCGUCAGCUUGUUUGGUUAGCUGUUGGCACAAUUACUGCAGCAGUUGAUGGGCUAGAAGAGUUCUUUCUUUAAAAAGGUAAAAAAUAAUUUGCUUUAUAAUAAAUUGGCACCCAUUGUAGUCAUUACAAGCUCUCAUGUAUAUGUUCAACCAUUGUUAUUUGUGUGAGUAACCUACUGUACUUUAUGUGACAAGCAGUCAGUGUAACAUGAAUUUUCUCAGACAAUCUAAAGAGAUAAUGUGCAGAACAUGAAACUGUUAUAUUAUAGCGAAACAGGUUAAAUUAAAACUUUUAAUACAACAAAUGUUAUGUACAUGUAAAACAAGUUUGUUUACAAGAAUAUCACUUUAUGUGGUGAAUAUGACUCUCUGUGGACCACCAUGUGACUGGCUUCUGACUAAUGAGAUAAGCGGAUUAUUCAAGUCAUAAAAUCGCAGGAUUUAUGUUUAUCUGUCUGAAAUGCCAUUUAAUUCUGCACACCAACCAUGAAGCUGAAAAUCUCUUGUAAACAUCUCAUUAACUGUCAGAUUUUUCACAUUAAGUUUCUGCAAGAUGUGGCAUAUUACAUUUUGCUUAAGUCAUCAACAUUUCAAAUGAGAAAAUUAGACUGUGGAAAUUUCACUUUUGUUUUUUACAUGGGUUGAAAUGGAGUUUACAUAAUGAUUAAAGACAAUUUUAAGAUUUUUUUUCUCCAGAGUGUCAGUAGAGCCAGUGUUGUUUGAUGAGAAACAGCAGGCUAGAAAUGUUUAGAGAACUGGAAGUCACACUUCUGUCAAGGUACAAGAUGUCUAUUUUAAUUUAAGAAGUGUGCAUACACUAAAGGCAGAUAGUAAUGUAGAAGUUUGGUAUUACAUUAUGUGCUGUAAUAUUAAAGGGAGUUGUUCAAUAUAAUUACUUUUGAUUGUAAGAAUUCCUGCGUGUCUUGUUUGUAUUGAUAAUCAUGCAAUUCAUUCCAUUACAAUAUUCCAUUUUAUUGUGAGCUUUUUUGUUAUCUUUGGUCAUUGCUUUUAAUAAAAUGGCCUAAAUAAAA